GCUCAUCAACGAAGUGCUACUUGGGGGGACAACCUGGACGCAGAGGAAUUCAGAAUGAUGUCCUCUUCCUACUACCACCCUGUCAAAGAAGCAGACAUGGCGUCUAUGACAGAGCCGCUGUGCCUGGAAAGAGAUGUGUGCAGGGUGAUUGAGCUGCUGGACCGACUGCAGCGGAGUGGUGAACUACCUCCUCCUAAACUGCAGGCCCUGCAGAGAGUCCUACAAAGCAAAUUCUGUGCUGCUAUCAGAGAGGUAUAUGAGCAGCUGUAUGACACUCUCGACAUUGUUGGAGGACCUGAGGUGCGAGCACAGGCAACAGCCAAGGCCACAGUGGCAGCCUUUGCAGCCAGUGAGGGCCACGCCCACCCAAGGGUAGUGGAGCUGCCCAAGACAGAAGAGGGUUUGGGCUUUAACAUCAUGGGAGGCAAAGAACAGAACUCUCCAAUCUACAUCUCCAGAGUGAUCCCUGGGGGAGUGGCUGACCGUCAAGGAGGGCUGAAGAGAGGAGACCAGUUGCUGUCCGUCAAUGGAGUGAGCGUUGAGGGAGAGCACCAUGAGAAAGCUGUGGAGCUGCUGAAGGCCGCCCAGGGUUCAGUGAAGCUAGUAGUCCGCUACACCCCAAAGGUCCUGGAAGAAAUGGAGGCUCGUUUUGAGAAGAUGAGGAGUGCCCGGAGACGUCAGCAGCACACCAGCUACUCGUGAGGCUACUCAAUAAUCUCUGGAGUCCAGGGGCUAACUAAUGCCAAUACCAAUGCCUCCAUCCACCUCACUGUCCAACCCUCUUCAGUCUUCUGUUCCAGUGGGAGCCAAGACCGUAGAAGUGAAGCAAAACACCAAAGUAGCCUACACGUUACAUUCUUCAUGAAGCCAAUAUUGCUGUUUAGGAUGGUCUCCCCUCCCUCUUUCCUUGUUUUUUGAAGAAAUGCAGUGUAAACUUCUUGCCAGAUCAUGCCUGUAAUUUCACUUGUGCAAAAUCUCUGUGGAGAUUCAUUCAGUCAUUCAAUCAUCCAGGUCAUAUUCACUCAAAGAGUUAAAGCAAGGCGUCUGGACUUGUGAAGAUUG